AUGUGUACUAAAAGUAAAAGUGUGAAAUACCCUAGGAUAAAUUCACUUUUAAAAGAUUAUUCAAAUGUUGUGUAUAAUAAUUUACUGGGAAAUUGUAUGUCGAAUAAAAAUUUAGUCAUUUUAGAAAAUUAUAAUAUAGUUCUUAGAAGAGAUUACAAAUCGAUGAGGGGAAAAGUAAGAAUCAUAGGAGGUGGUGGAUCAGGGAUUGAACCAUCCGAAGUUGAUUAUAUUGGAAAAGGAAUGUUAACUGCAGCAGUCAUGGGUGAAAUGUAUUCAUCUCCUUCUGCGGAAGAAAUUUUCAUAGCUAUUAAAGAAGUUGCUCUAAAUAGCUCUGAUGGUGUUUUAUUACUUGUUAAAAAUUAUGUCGGAGAUAAAUUAAAUUUUGGUUUAGCUUUAGAUAAAGCUAUCAGUGAAGAAAUUAAAAUAAGAAUGCUCAUUAUCGGUGAUGAUGCUUUCGAACCAGAUUCUAAAAAACAUGGAAGGAGAGCUUUGGCAGGGAGUAUUUUAAUAUAUAAAAUAGCUGGUGAAAUGGCUGAAUCAGAUAAAUCAUUGGAGGAAAUAGUAGAUGAAUGUAGAAACAUUAUUUUAACAGAUUUAGUUACAAUGAGUGUUAAUUUACCAGCUUGUGGUAAAACCUUUUGCGAAUCGCUGGGACCUUACAUCGAACCUGACGAGAUGGUCUUAGGUAUGGGACUUUAUGGGCAACAUGGAAAAAAAAAAAUGAAAUUUAGUAAUAUUGGUAAUACUGUGUCUAUAGUAUUGCUUGAACUUUUAAAUAAUUCCAUGGCAAAAAUGGGUGCUCCUUUUAAAAAUGCUGUUGUUUUAAUUAAUAAUUAUGGGUCAACCUCAAAACUAAUCGAAAACAUUAUAGCUUAUGAAUUGACAAAAGAAUUAAAUAAAAAAAAUAUAAAUAUAUUACUUUUGUAUUGUGGUAAACUUUUUUCAAAUCGAAAUAGUAAUGGAUUUUCAGUUACAUUAUUAAAAGUUGAAUCACCCAAAACUGUAAAAUACUUAGAGGCUCCUACAACAGCAUCUGCGUGGCCUAAGCCAAGGGGUUUAAAUUUAGAUAAAAAAGACGCGGAAUAUAAAGAUUUACCUCUCGUGAUUAAGGCCGAACGCAAUUAUGAUUCUUCACACGAUGGUAAAUUUGAAAAUGCACAUCCUGGCCCGAAAAUCGACGAAAAAGAAAGUUUGGCUCUUAAGCAAUGCAUUGAAUUUGCAGCCGAGGCGUUGAUUUCUUGCGAAGAUCAGUUAAAUGUAAUCGAUUCAGAAUCGGGGGAUGGUGACACGGGAACGCAAUUAAAAUUAGGCGCCACAGCAAUAAAACAAGCAAUUUAUGAUAAAAAAUUGGAUUUUACCUGGCCUUACAAACUUUUUUCGGAUAUCAGUCAAUUGUGUUCCGCUUCCAUGGGCGGCAUUUCCGGAGCCCUCUACCACAUAUUUUUUAACUCUCUUGCAAAAAGUAUACAAAAUUCAAAUGAAAUCACUCCCGAACUUUGCUCGCGCGCUUUUAAAUGUGCAACUAAAACGAUUAAACAUUACGGAAAAGUUGAUAUUGGAGAUAGAACAUUUUUCGACGUUCUUUCUCCGGCAGCUGAUUCUUUCGAAGCCGUCAUAGCAAACGGUUUAGACGUGACGAGUGCGUUAUUCAAAGCGGCGGUGACGUGCGAAUAUAAAUCGGAAGAAUUAAAACUCGUCAUACCGAAAUCUUUGAAAAAUUUAAACGUUGAAAAACCGUUACUUUAUUCCGAUGCUGGCGCUCACGCGGUCACUAUUUGGCUCAGAGCUUUGAGUGAAGCUUUUGCCAACGACAUACCUACAAAAAAACCAGGUAUAUUCCUUUGGAAAUUCCUAACCGAAGAAGAAUGUUACAAAUUAUUGGAUGACGUAGAAGACGACAACGUUCAUUUUUCCUCUUUCAUCGAAGACAAAAUGGGAUCUGCUCCUUCUCUUGAAAAAAUUUUAUUGACUGAAACAUUCAAAUAUUGCAGCCAUGAAUUUGACAAAGAACCCAAACGAACAUCUGCUUUAAUCGGAACCGUUUAUUACACUCACGUGUAUUUUACGUCAUCAAUGUGGAGAAAUCCAUCGGAAGUUUAUUAUUAUUUUAAAGAAUCUAUUAUAAAUCAAUCGUUCGAGGUAUAA